GGUUACAAAAUCGAGACUCUGAAAAGACCCCUUCAAUUUCGCUGCUCCCUCUUUCGUCAGCUUUCUUUCAAAUUGAAAUUUGAAAUUUGAAAAUAAUUUCUCUAGUUUCUUUGAUUCUUUGGCUGAAACAAUUUCCAUACGCCAUGCCUAAGAGGGUUCUUUGUAAGUUCUUUGCUCAUGGAGCAUGCCUCAAAGGGGAGCAUUGUGAGUUUUCCCAUGAUUGGAAGGAUCCACCAAAUAAUAUUUGCACAUACUAUCAGAAAGGAAUUUGCUCUUAUGGUAGUCGGUGCAGAUAUGAACAUGUUAAGGCUUCUCAAUCCGAUUUAUCUGCUUCAUCUUCGUCAACAAUGCCUCGUCAAUCUCUGAUCUCAGAUUCUGUUCCUCUAGGUCCUCCUUUAACAACCACAUUUGGCGGGUCAGUUGUACAUCCAUCUGCUUCUGCUGAGUUUCCUGGCUCAAGUAGAGCUUUUCUUCCUCCCACCAAGCAAGCAUGGAAUUUGGAAUCUGAGCAUCAGGCUGUAACAGAUAAUGGUGAUUUUGUGGAGCCUAGGAGUGCUAAUCCAGCUGAACAAUCCAUCUGCUCGUUUGCUGCAGCUGGUAAUUGUCCCCGUGGAGAAAAAUGCCCUCAUAUUCAUGGAGACUUGUGUGCCACCUGUGGAAAACAUUGUUUGCAUCCUUUCAGACCUCAGGAAAGAGAGGAACAUAUUAAAAUGUGUGAGAAAAAGCAAAAACACCUUGAGGCAUUAAAAAGUAGUCAAGAAAUAGAGUGCAGUGUGUGCCUGGAUCGUGUUCUCUCAAAGCCCACAGCAGCUGAAAGAAAGUUUGGGUUGCUCUCCGAGUGUGAUCAUCCAUUCUGCAUAUCAUGUAUUAGAAAUUGGCGUAGCAGUUCCCCUUCCUCUGGAAUGGAUGUCAAUACAGCCCUGAGGGCUUGCCCUAUCUGCCGCAAGCUAUCAUACUUUGUCAUUCCAAGUGUCAUUUGGUAUUGCACUCCAGAAGAAAAGCAGGAAAUUGUAGAUAGCUACAAGGCCAAAUUGAGGUCAAUAGAUUGCAAGCACUUCAACUUUGGAAAUGGGAACUGCCCUUUUGGGACUAGUUGUUUUUACAAGCAUACGGUCAAGCCAGGCUCCUAUGUAUGGAAAUACCACAGACCUCCUCCUCGCAGAUUCAAUUUUAUGGAUUUGGACGCAAUAUUUGAUGUCUUCGAGCAGUUAAUUGCAGAAGAUGAAAUGGAUAUUUUUGAUGCUGAAGAUUUUGAAUAUGAUGAUUUAACACCUAUGGAGAUGGCCUUUCUAUUAAUGCAGCAAGAUUUUGAAUCAAUGUGGUCAUCUUGGUGUUUUGAUAGGCCGCCACCAUUUUUAUCUGGGAGAAGAUGGAUCUUGGAGUUUGUUAACUGGCAUGCAUAUCGAGAUGGUCGUUUGGAGGAAGUAGUUCUGCGCCAUCUUGGAGCUGAAGAUGGGCACACCAUCAUAGCUAAGAAUAUUAGGUUAUCGGACUAUCUUAGCGACCUGCACAUUGGGUGAAUGUUCACAAUAUUUAUUACAGUGAUAUCUAAAUAAUGCAAGGACCUAUAUGCAGCUUUGGUGAAAAUGUUUUUCUUCAGUUUCGAGUGUUGCACUCCAUUUCAAAAGGAUUGCUUGUAGGCGAAACCAACCGAGCUUGGAAUCAUGGGGCAUGCUGGGUUAUGCAAUAAACUGCAUCUUGUAUUGAUGAAGUAAACAUUUUGCAGAAAACGCUGAUUGAUGAAAAAGUAUUUGUUGAAGGUUUGGAAACUAUAGUAGCCAAUGGCAAUUAAAUUUGAAUAAUGGAUGUGCCAGUGGCAGUGUCUAUGCCGCGUGCAUGCAUGCUUCCCUAAUCAGGGAAAAACAUAACAACUGUAUAUUGGGUUUUGCUGUGAUUCUCUGGCAGAGCUAGAGAUGUAUACAGCAGCAUUCUUGAGGUUUUUGUGUUGAAAUAUCAGUUUCUCUGCUGGAUUGUGCUCGAUCCUGUAAGAUUCUGGGUAGUGUGUACACAUGGUUGUGGAAUAUGAAUACGAGCAUUACAUUA